CAGUCGAUUGUCAACAUUCAGAACGAUCAGACUCAUUAGGUUAAUUUUUAACAGUAACUAGUUUUGUUUUUUUUAAAAGUACAACAAAUUUUAAAUUAUAUUAUAAAAUGUCAGCCUUCAAACAAGUUCCUCUAACAUGUGGUGGCCAUACUCGACCAGUAGUGCACUUGGACUUUAGUGACGUUACUAAGGAUGGAUACUUUUUGAUUUCGGCCUGCAAAGAUGGUAAACCCAUGUUGCGACAAGGUGAAACUGGAGACUGGAUUGGAACUUUUGAAGGUCACAAAGGUGCUGUAUGGGGUGUAGCUUUAACACAAAACGCAAACUUAGCAGCCAGUGGGGCAGCAGACUUCACAGCCAAAUUAUGGGACGCACGGUUUGGCGAAGUUGUGCACACGUUCGAUCACGAACACAUAGUCAAAAGUGUCAACUUCAACUCCGAAGAUACUCUGCUGCUCACGGCUAGCAACGAAAAAGUUAUAAGAGUUUUUGAUUUAAACAAACCAGACGCGGGACCUGUGGACAAGUUCGCCGCACACACAAACAGUAUAAGGCACGCUGUGUUCCUGCACAAUUCACGAAUCGUCAGCGUCAGCGAUGAUCUCACUAUGCGCGUUUGGGAUCGCUCGAGUGGUCAGGAAGUCCAGAAAGUAGAAUUCAAUCAAAUCCCAAAUAGUUUAGAACUGUCCAGGGACGGAGCAGUGUUGACUGUAGCCCAUGGUACAAACGUAUCAUUCUAUUCCUCGGAUACUAUGCGCAAGAUGCGGGAAUUCCCCGUGCCUACCAAAUGUUACUCCGCCUCCCUCGCGCCCAGUCGAGCUACCUUCAUCUGCGGCGGCGAGGACCUCAAAGUGUACAAAUUUGAUUACAACACUGGCACUGAACUCGAAUGUAAUAAAGGACACUUCGGGCCCGUCCACUGCGUGCGAUGGUCGCCCGACGGCGAACUGUACGCGACUAGCUCCGAGGACGGGACCGUGCGACUGUGGCAGGCGGUUCCAGGGCGGGUGUACGGACUCUGGCGGCGCAGCAACGAACAUCAGCCAAUGGCCAACGGCUUCAAGGAGGUAGCCGCCAACUGACCCACCCAUGACCUACCCAGUGAUGAGGAGUAGAUAAUGUGCAAUCAAAAUCGAUCGCUUGGUGGUGAUACCACGAAUCGUCGUGAAGAUAGCAGUCACCAAGUCGUUUGAUGUACAUACAACACGUUGUGUGCGGGACGAAUAAAUAUCGAGACUUUUUACAUUAUGUCCAGUGUUUGUGUUGUUUAUUUUUUACCGCAACACUUUUUUUAUACUCAAAAUGAAAUCUAAUGUACCUAUUUAUUGUAAAAAGAAACUGAAUAGACUUGAUAAUUUUAUGGAACAAAAUAAAUUUGUAAAUAUACUAA